AUGGGUUCUGAGCCUGUUCAACCACCAACGUUGCCCGCCGCUACGGGCAACUCAGGCUCUCAGUCGUACUUGAUUAUUGGUGCUGGUUGCUUUGGUGCCUCAACUGCGCUACACCUUGCUCGCUCUGAUCCUUCAUUAGCCUCUAAAAUUACUUUGGUGGACCGUACUCCUUUCCCUUGCUCAUCAGCAGCAGCCCAUGACCUAAACAAGAUCAUUCGCGCAGAAUAUACUGAUCCGUUUUAUAUGCGCCUCGCUAUAGAAGCCAUGGAACUGUGGAAAUCCGAUCCUAUAUUUAGCCCUUACUUUCACCAGGUAGGCUUGCUGUUACCCACAAAAUUGGAGCAGGCGAAUAAAAUUGUGGAAAAUUAUACCAGUAUUGCCUCGCAGCCUGCUCCCAUUGAGUUAAUUGAACCAGACGCUGCCAAGGACAGGUUUGGCGGCAUUUUUCGCGAUGCAUGCCUGGACAAUGUGGAAACUUGUCUGUUCAGCCCAGAGGCAGGGUGGGGAGACGCAGAGAGUGCACUCCGAAAUGUGAUUAAGUCUGCUGUCUCGUUGGGUGUGAAAUAUGCCCCUCUAGAAGUUGAUAAGCUACUGUUUAAUGAAACGGGGCACUGUCUUGGGGCACGAACAGUCACAGGAAUCGAUCUGCAUGCACGGCAUGUCAUCCUCUGCACUGGAGCGAAUACUGCUCAGCUAUUAGCCAAUAGUGAUCCAGAUAAACCAGCCCUACAUGUCGGAGACAGGAUGGUUGCUGCUGCAGCAAUCAUGGGUGCUUAUCGUGUUCCUACGGAACAGAUGAGAAAGUUUGAUUUUGCACCCAUUGUAGUGAACCCUGUUGGGACCACACCUGGAGAGAGUAUCCCUCCUGGAUCGGCCGGACUGCUCAAAUGUACCCAUGAACUAAGUUUCACCAAUAUGGUUCACCACGAUAACUUGCAUCGGCGCAUUUCUACUCCACCGGAUGGCCCAGCUUCUAGCACAUGGACUCCGCAUGUCCCAUCCCAGCUGAAAAACGAGGUUAAAAAUGUCAAGGAUAUGCUUUAUGGGGAACAUGUUGGAAGCCUUGUUCCUGAGUUCUACCGCAUGUGUUGGGAUGCGGUAACUCCGAACCAAGAUUUUAUUAUCUGCGCCCAUCCUCAUUCGCGGAAUCUUUAUAUUGCAAGUGGAGGAUCAUUUCAUGCAUGGAAAUUUAUGACUAAUAUUGGGGGAUACGUCGAAAAGAUGAUUAGGGGGAAGUUGGAGCCUGAUAUGGCUAAAAGAUGGGCAUGGGAUAGGGCCAAUGAUGGAGGUGCAUGUGCCAUUUAUCUACCCUCAAGAGACUUACAAGGAAUAUUGUAG